CUCCCGUAUAGUUCAUAAAAACAAACUCCCUCAGCUCUUUCAAGCUUCAUUGCCUUCUUCAAUUCAACCUCCCUAUCCAUCCAUCCGUCCGUCCCAUCCCAUCCAAUCCGAUGGAGACCGUAUCCACCUGCACUCUAAAUCAACAUCCUUUCCUCACUAGUAACCCAAGACCCUUCGCCUCCAACUUCGCCUAUGCCUCUUCCGUCUCAGCUCUUGGAUUUACUUUGCCUUCGUCCCAUAAAACUUCUGCCCCUCCAAAUCAACGCAGGAAAACUCUGGUGACUAGCUCUUCCAUUGCUGUUGAACACCACCACACUCAGACUAAGACUGCUGUCAUAAGAAUUGGAACAAGAGGGAGUCCACUAGCUCUUGCACAAGCUCAUGAGACACGGGACAAAUUGAUAGCAUCUCAUCCAGAACUGGCUGAAGAGGGGGCAAUUCAAAUUGUGAUAAUAAAAACAACAGGUGAUAAAAUCUUAAGCCAGCCACUAGCAGACAUAGGUGGGAAGGGCUUGUUCACCAAAGAAAUAGAUGAGGCUCUCAUUAAUGCAGACAUUGAUAUUGCUGUUCACUCAAUGAAAGAUGUUCCUACAUAUUUGCCUGAUAAGACAAUUUUGCCUUGCAAUCUUCCCCGUGAGGAUGUACGUGAUGCAUUUAUUUCUUUAACUGCAACUUCACUGGCAGAUCUUCCAGCUGGAGCAGUCGUGGGUACUGCUUCGCUGCGGAGGAAAUCACAAAUUCUUCAUCGUUAUCCAUCUCUUAAGGUGCUUGAAAACUUUCGAGGGAAUGUUCAGACUAGGUUAAGAAAGCUGAAUGAUGGAGUCGUCCAAGCAACAUUAUUGGCAUUAGCUGGCCUCAAGCGUCUAAAUAUGACAGAAAAUGUCACUUCUAUUCUUUCUAUAGAUGAUAUGCUUCCAGCUGUUGCUCAAGGGGCCAUUGGAAUUGCAUGUAGAAGUGAUGAUGAGAAGAUGGCCGGUUUUAUAGCCUCACUGAACCACGACGAAACCAGGUUGGCUGUUGCAUGUGAGAGAGCAUUUCUAGAAACGCUUGAUGGGUCUUGUCGCACGCCAAUAGCUGGAUAUGCUUCACGGGACGAGGAUGGUAAUUGUGUCUUUAGAGGAUUGGUGGCUUCCCCAGAUGGUACCCGAGUUCUUGAAACCUCCAGAAAAGGUUCAUACACUUUUGAAGAAAUGGUUGCCAUGGGCAAGGAUGCGGGCAAGGAACUUCUCUCAAAGGCUGGGCCAGGAUUUUUCGACAGUUAGAUGACUAAAUGAGUGAGUACGAUGAAUUGGAGUAUGCUUCCAUUUAGACAUGUAUAGAGAAAGAGAGAGAUCCAAGCGGUGUUGCUGGGCUACCAAGGUAGGGAUUCAUUCUUCUUCUUGUAAUGGUAGCAUUUUGAUAAUUCUGCUGUAACCAUUAGAGGGGGACGGACUUAUUUUUUGGCAUUCCAGUUGUUAUAACUUGUAACUAACUGUAGGGGGAUAAUUUUUGGUAGUUGUAUAGCAUUUUUUUUUUUCUAUAAAAUCCUCUCAAGAUAUUCCCAUGUUCCGGUUUGAAGUUUGAGA